CUGUUUUUAUUAAUACAAAAACCCUGAAUCCUGAUCAUCCUCCUCGCGAAGGCCUGCGCUCCACCUCGAGCAACAAUGGCGCUUAUUUGCAGUCCCUGCAAUGCCAAGCUUAACCCGAAACCUAGGAUUCGACUACUUUCUCUAUCGGCAAUUCCUAACGUCUUGAAUUUUCGCAGUCCGCCUUCUAUCAGCUUUUGUUCCAGCUUGAACUAUUCUGAAUUUUCCCGCGUGGUUCGCCCGCUUAGGGGAACGGAUUUUCAAACCAGACGUCGGUUAAAGUCUGUGUACUGUGGUGCAGCAGCAACAGGUGCCGCUGCUACUGAUCACUAUUCGACGUUGAAUGUUAGCCGGAAUGCCACAUUACAGGAAAUAAAAGUCUCAUAUAAGAAACUCGCUCGCAAGUACCAUCCCGAUGUGAACAAGAACCCUGGAUCAGAAGAGAAAUUCAAAGAGAUAAGUGCUGCAUAUGAGGUCCUAUCAGACGAUGAGAAAAGAUCUUUAUAUGAUCAGUUCGGUGAGGCAGGUUUGCAGGGAGAAUAUGACGUAAGGAGCAGUGGUUCACCCGGGGUCGACCCCUUUGAAAUUUUUGAUGCAUUCUUUGGCGGAUCAGAUGGACUUUAUGGAGAAAGAGAUGGAAUUGGAGGCAUCAAUUUAAAUAAGAGGAGCGGAAGAAACCAAAAUCUUGAUAUUCAUUAUGACCUGCACUUAAGCUUUGAAGAAUCAGUGUUUGGAGGGGAGAAGGAAAUUCAACUUUUUUGUUUUGAGGCGUGUGAAAACUGUGAUGGAACGGGUGCUAAAACAAGUAAUUGCAUAAAAGUGUGCGCCAGUUGUCAUGGAAAAGGAGGAGUUGUACAAACUCAGAGAACACCAUUUGGAAUGAUGUCUCAGGUGUCUACUUGUUCAGAGUGUGGUGGAGAUGGUAAGGUAAUAACAGAGUUAUGCCAAAGCUGUGGUGGCAGUGGUCAAAUGAAAUCAUUUAGAAAAAUGGAUAUAGUAAUCCCACCAGGCGUCAGUGAUGGAGCUACAAUGCGAAUUCAAAGAGAGGGCAGUUUUGAUAAGAAAAGGAGAAUGGCUGGUAACCUGUAUGUCACGCUCCGUGUAGAUGAAAAGCAUGGAAUUCGGAGAGAUGGUAUUCAUCUGUACUCCAAUAUUAGCAUUGACUAUACAGAGGCAAUUUUAGGUACUAUUGUGAAGGUUGAAACUGUUGAAGGCUUGAAAGACCUUCGAAUACCUGCUGGAGUUCAGCCAGGGGACAAAGUUAGCUUGUCAAGAAUGGGGGUUCCAAAUAUAAAUAAACCUUCUGUUCGUGGUGAUCAUCUGUUUAUCGUGAAUGUUCAGAUUCCAACAAGCAUCAGAGGAUGAGGGUUACGUGCUAGGAACUGAAUCCCUACCCACCCAAAAAGAAGCCAACAGAGAUGAAAAAGAGUAAAAGGAAUGUGAGAA